AAAAAGGAACUAAAAACGAGUGUCUCCGACGAGUGUUCGCUGACUUCAUUCCUCACUCCAUUUCUCGAUUGGCAUCACACCCAGCGACAAGCACCAUCCUCUACUCAAGCGAACCCACGACACAGCAGCAAUGGCCCGUCGUCUCACUAAAGAACUCGCCGAGUUUGAGAAGAGCUCACCCGAUUGGUGCACUGUUAGUGCCGUAGAUGACGACCUUAUGCACUGGAACGCAAUGCUCGCAGGCCCCGUACGUGACAGCAAAAGCAGCAAGUGCUGUGUAAAGUAUAGAGAUGCUCAUUCGUGCUGCUGUGCAGGAGAAUACCCCAUACUCUGGCGGUGUCUUCAACUUGGACCUGCAGUUCCCUAGCGAGUAUCCGUUUAAGGCGCCCAAGGUGCGCUUCCUCACGAGAGUUUACCACCCCAACGUCAAGUCGCAGUCUGGUGAGAUCUGCGCCGAUGUCAUCAACGAGAAUUGGGGCCCGACACUGAAUGUGCUGCACUGCCUCACAGCCAUCAAGCAGAUCUUGGAGCAGCCAGACAUGGACAACCCGCUGGAACCCGAAAUUGCUAAACAAAUGCAUGAAAACAAGGCAGACUUCGAGAAGACAGCGGAGGAGUGGACUAAGCAGUACGCAUCCUAACUCGAAAAGUAGGGUAUCUCGGGGUCGAUCGCAAAAUAAUCCUAAUAAUUUUCACAUUUUCUCAAACAUAAAA